GGACUGGUAUUGUUCCAUGAUGGAUUAGUGCUGUUCCAAGAUGGACCCGUGUUGUUCCAAGACGGGAUGGUGUUGUUCCAGGACGGGAUGGUGCUGUUCCAAGACGGGAUGGUGCUAUUCCAAGAUGGAUCGGUGUUGUUCCAAGACGGGAUAGUGCUGUUCCAAGACGGGAUUGUGCUAUUCCAAGAUGGAUUGGUAUUAUUCGGAUUGGUGUUGUUCCAAGAUGGAUCGGUGUUGUUCCAAGACGGGAUGGUGCUAUUCCAAGAUGGAUUGGUAUUAUUCGGAUUGGUGUUGUUCCAAGAUGGAUUGGUGUUGUUCCAUGACGGGAUGGUGCUGUUCCAAGACGGAAUGGUGCUAUUCCAAGAUGGAUUGGUAUUAUUCGGAUUGGUGUUGUUCCAUGACGGAAUAGUGCUAUUCCAAGAUGGAUUGGUGCUGUUCCAGGAUGGAUAA